CUUUCCCCAUGAUACUUUGGCAACCAAACCCGCUUCACCUCUUUCAUGCAUAUAUUCCUCUAGUUAGCCAUCUCAUCAACUUUUUCCCACACUUUAAAAUGCAAAAGCUUGUUGCACCAUUCACCACAUAAUAAAAAAUUCAAUGCGUUCUCUCAGUUAUCAAACACUUUUGUUGAAUGAUGUGUGAAGAAGGGAAGAGUUUCUAUGUAUGGCUGUUGCAAGUUAUUUGCCUCCUAGGCCUUCUUGUUCUGUGCCUAUGGCUGUCUUUACGACCGAGUAACCCCUCCUUCUCAAUCGUGUUAGUCUCUAUAAAUCGAACAUCAGAUCAAAAUGGAACCAUCUUUUAUAGCCUUGAUAUCGAUAAUCCAAACAGGGACUCAAGCAUUUACUAUGAUGACAUAAUAUUGAGAUUCUUAUAUGGACAGCAGGAGGAUAAGGUAGGGGAGACAACCAUAGGCUCAUUUCAUCAAGGAAAUCGCAAGAACCGCAUUGUAUCUGACAUUGUUAAUGCCAAAACUGGACCAUUCAAACCUCUCUUCAAGGCCAUAGCAAAUGCAACUGCUGUGUUGAAAGCUUCCCUGUUGACAAAAUACCGAUACAAGACAUGGGGAAUUAGGAGCAAGUUUCAUGGGUUAGACUUGAAAGGUAUUCUACCAAUUGAUUCUGAUGGUAAGCUUUCACGUAAGAAGAAGAAGUACCCUCUUACCCCUGAUUCCAAAAAACUGGGAAGGUUCAAAAUAAAGCAGCACUGAUCUCGUCUCCUUUAUUAUUUGUUUGGUUGGGUUUUUUUAUUUAAUUCUUUCCCUCUUCUUUAUCUUUAUCUUUAUCCUUCUCCUUCAUUUUUCACACACUAUAACACGUAUAAAACAAUACCAUUUUGUUUGCAUGUUCUUCUAUAGUGGAUCCUUGUCUGCAAUAUCUUAACUAGUAGAAAUGCAUGUUUGGGUUGCUUGUUGUA